CUUUGAGCUCUGUAACGCAUCAACAACCAUGAGCUGACCUCCCUUACCCCUUCCUAGGGUUUCAUGUGCCAAGUCCAUUUCCAACUCUCCUGCGACGGAAUCCCUCCCACUCGUUUCCAACUCCUGAGUCUUUAGAGUUCGUCCAGGACCCUUAUAAGCUCCAUCCCCAGCCUCCCGCGGGAAGAUUUAAGAAGAUGGGCUACCUAUUGUACUCCACCGUGUUCGCUCUUCUCGUACUGUCAACCGUCCUCUUCCUAACCCGGCCCCUCUGGACACCCCUCAUGCCAUCCCUCUCCAUCUCCCUGCCAUCAGGCCUACUCUCCUCAAUCCCCUCGCCCUCCUUUCCCUCCUCAUUUCCCGGCUCCUCAUACCUCUACUCCCGCCUACCCUCCUCCUUCUCGUCAGAUAUCGAAUCCGGCUUCUCCUCGUCCGCCUUCGACCUCAGCGCCAACGUUGCCGCCGGAGACUCCCGCGCCGGCCUCGACACCGAAAGCAAGCGCGAGAUCCAGAGAAUUAUGAAGAAUAGGAGAGUCAAUUUUGACGAGGCGAGACGAAUUUAUACAGAAGGGAGGUUUGCGAAGAAUGGGAUUGGGCCGGAUGGGAGGCCGAGAGAUCCGAAGUUUGUUAGUUUUUCGUAGGGAGGGAGACGGUAGAUGAGUUGCAUAGAGAGACAGGAUUCUGGACUCUUUGCGAUAAGUCUGUUGAUCUCUUUGACCUUCGAGCGACGAUUCAAGACACCAUUAUACACUCGAUCAUACAUUACGAAGACUCGAGUCGUUGUAUACUACAUACUUUACGGAUACCCGGAGACCUUUCAUACCUCAACUACAUCAUGGGAAUCAGCGGAGAGAUAGGCAUUACGGCGUUCGGACUGAAUGAUCACGACAAUUUCAAGAUAGGAGAGAGGAUGAUGGCUCAGAUCCAAUGGAGCCAUCAAUAUGGAGCAAGACACGCCAAGUCAAGUCAAGUUAAGAAUCUACAUACAGACUAUCAAUCAGUGGAAUGGCUGGGCGAAAGUCCACCACACUAUAAAACAC